GGUUCAAACUAAGCAAGCCACGCCCCUCUUCUUCUUCUUCUUCCCCAGAAAACAAUACCCUUCACCUCAAACCCUCUUUCUCUCUCUACGCUGCGAGAUUCUCUUUAGGGUUCCGAUGGCUCUCCUCGCCAGACAAUCGCACCGCCUCGCUCUGCUGGCGUCUUCCCAAAGAGCCACCGCAUCGAUCCAUACCACCCAGCCGGCGUUAGCUGAAGGCUUCUCCUCACCGGCGCCGUACUCUCGACCAGGUCCUCCUUCGACGGCUUCCGCAGAAGGUUUAUCUAAGACGGCGGAGUUCGUGAUUUCGAAGGUCGACGAUCUGAUGAACUGGGCACGUCGCGGAUCUAUUUGGCCUAUGACUUUCGGUCUCGCUUGCUGCGCCGUCGAGAUGAUGCACACUGGUGCUGCUAGGUAUGAUUUGGAUAGGUUUGGGAUCAUUUUCAGGCCUAGCCCUAGGCAGUCUGAUUGUAUGAUUGUUGCUGGCACUCUCACCAACAAGAUGGCCCCCGCUCUUCGCAAGGUGUAUGACCAGAUGCCGGAGCCAAGGUGGGUGAUUUCGAUGGGAAGUUGUGCAAACGGAGGUGGAUACUACCAUUACUCAUACUCGGUUGUUCGGGGUUGUGAUAGGAUUGUGCCAGUGGACAUUUACGUUCCAGGUUGCCCACCAACAGCCGAGGCUCUCUUAUAUGGACUUCUCCAGUUGCAGAAGAAGAUCAACAGGCGUAAGGACUUCCUUCACUGGUGGACCAAGUGAGACAAAUACUCUGCUUUUUGCAAUAUGCUUUUAUUGAAUAAGUUGUGUAUUCGUUCUUCCUUCUUGCUUAUGUAGGAAGAGCGAUUCUGUGAUUCUUCUAUCAACGGUUUUUGUAUGCUUUUUUAUAUUGUUGUUUUGUGUUAAGAUGGGGAUUGAAUAAGACACCCAUAAAUGCAUGCUUUGUGUAGAAAAAUGUGUUGUUGAUACUCUUAAUUUCUUAAUUUAGUGCUUAAUUUGGGUUAUAAUGCUGGAGUCUUGGAAGAGAAGAUGCAGCAUUGUAUCUUGAAUUAUGUUCCU